AGGCUUUGCUCCUUGACAGUUCGCGUUGUCCUCGAUUUAACCGUAAAACCAAGAACAUGGAUGUUACACGCCGUUUCCUGCCUUAAAACCCUCCUGUUUCACGCCACAGAGGUUUUGGUUUUUCUGUUGCCGUGGGUUUUGUAGUCCGUCGUCAUCGCAAUGGCACGCGCUCGGCUGAGGAGCCGCUCCAAUAAUGAUGGCACUUGAAUUCAGGCCCAACCCAUCCUUGAACCCCAUCUUAUCAUACAACGUUGUCUGCUUCUGUCUCCGGAUCAGUUGUGUAUAAUCCCAGGUGUGUCACCCCCGUCAUCCACUGACAGUGACGGACCUUUGACCUGGACCCAGAACCUGGGCUUCAAGGUCAUGUCUAGCCCCAGCAGUAGCCCAGAGAGAGAGGGAGGGGUCACAGGGUCAGUUCAGUUGGAGAACCUCUGCUCUCCAGCAGGUCAGGAGGCCGACCCGCUCUCAGUUGGCAGCCCUGUACUGAGCCCAGACUCCAGUUCCCAUGAUGCCGCUCUCUCUGCAUCAGCAGUCUCGCCUGCUGACUCCGAGAAUCUCAGUCCAGAUGAACUGGAGCUGCUGGCUAAAUUAGAGGAACAGAAUAGGCUCCUGGAGGCCGAUUCUAAGUCCAUGCGCUCUAUGAGCGGCUCUCGCAGGAACAGCGGCUCCUCGCUGGUGUCCAGCUCCUCGGCAUCGUCCAAUCUCUCGCACCUGGAAGAGGACACCUGGAUCCUAUGGGGACGCAUCGUCAACGAGUGGGAGGAGUGGAGACGCAAGAAAGACAAAUUGCUCAAGGAACUGAUAAGGAAGGGGAUCCCGCAUCAUUUCCGGGCGAUCGUGUGGCAGCUGCUGGGCAACGCCACGGACAUGCCCGUGAAGAACCAGUACUCUGAGCUGCUGAAGAUGUCAUCACCCUGUGAGAAGCUCAUCCGCAGGGACAUCGCCCGUACCUAUCCUGAGCACGAGUUCUUCAAGGGGCAGGACAGUCUAGGCCAAGAGGUCCUCUUCAAUGUCAUGAAGGCAUACUCCCUAGUGGAUCGUGAAGUAGGAUACUGUCAAGGCAGUGCCUUCAUCGUUGGGCUGCUUCUCAUGCAGAUGCCAGAGGAGGAGGCGUUCUGCGUGUUUGUGCGGCUGAUGCAGGAGUACAGACUCCGAGAGCUCUUUAAGCCAAGCAUGGCAGAGCUGGGCCUCUGCAUAUACCAGUUUGAAUACCUGCUGCAGGAGCAGCUGCCGGAGUUGAAUGUGCAUUUUCGCUCGCAGAGUUUCCAUACCUCCAUGUAUGCUUCAUCGUGGUUCCUCACACUCUUCCUCACCUUCCUGCCUCUGCCCAUUGCCACACGUAUUUUCGAUAUCUUCAUGUAUGAGGGUCUGGAGAUUAUAUUCCGAGUAGGAAUGGCCAUUUUACAGUACAACCAGACCGACCUCAUACAGCUGGACAUGGAGGGCAUGUCACAGCACUUUCAGAAGGUGAUCCCUCACCAGUUUGACAGCUGCCCUGAUAAACUCAUCCUCCGAGCCUAUCAAAUUAAGUACAACCCUAAGAAGAUGAAAAAAUUGGAAAAGGAGUAUACCACCAUCAAAAACAAAGAGAUGGAGGAGCAGAUUGAAAUUAAGCGACUACGCACAGAGAACAGACUGUUAAAGCAGAGGAUCGAGACACUGGAGAAGGAGAGUGCCGCACUGGCAGACAGGUUGAUCCAGGGUCAGGUGACAAGAGCACAGGAAGCAGAGGAGAAUUAUGUGAUAAAACGCGAAUUAGCAGUGGUGCGGCAACAGUGCACGACCGCCAGCGAGAGCCUGGAGAGAGCACAGGACACCAUACGGGAACUGCAGCAACACACGUAUACAGAGCAGUUUGUGAACGGGCUGCAGGCUCAGCUCGAGCAGUCUCGCCUUCAGGAAGCAGAGCUUCUGAGUGCACUGAAGGAGAUGCAGGACAAAGUGCUGGACCUUGAGAAGAGGAGCAGCUCCUUGCCUGAUGAGACGAACGUAGCACAGCUCCAAGAGGAGCUGAAACAGGUCAAGCUGAGAGAGCUGGAGACACUGCGCUCCUUCAGAGAGAUGCAGGAUGUGGUCACUGAACUCAACCAGCGCUGGCAGCACUACACAUCACGUGGUGGGCACUGGAAAGAGUCUCCGAAGAAAAAUGCCCUGAAUGAAAUGCAAGACAAACUGAUGAGCAUGAGACUGAAAGAGGCUCACGCUCAGGCCGAGGUCAAAGAGGUCAAACUUAAAAACCUGCAGCUGGAGAGCCAGAAUCAGAUCUACAGCAAGGCGAUGACCCGUCACGAGCAGGAGAGCGCCGCCCUGCAGGAGAGACUGCAGAACGCUUUAUCACAUAACAAGAAUCUGCAGAGUCAGCUCAGUGAAAUGAAGCGGAAACAGGCCGAGUCAGACUGCAAGAGUAAAGAGGAGGUGAUGGCUGUGCGUCUGAGAGAGGCAGACAGUAUGGCGGCCAUGGCUGAACUCCGGCAGAAAAUAGCUGAGCUAGAAUUGCAAAAAGAGGAGGGGCUGAUACAAGGCCAACUGAAUCAUUCUGACUCUAGACAGUACAUCAGUCAAUUGAGGGAACAGAUUGCUGAGCUCAAGAAUGAAAUAAGACUGCUACGUGGUCAGCCCUCUAAAUUUCAGAACUCCGGGGGUGGAGCCUAUCAGGACCUGUGUCUGGCGAGUCCAGUUUCUGCGGAGGGAGACUACCUGAGUUCAGACGAUGAUCUACUGCAGAGCCCGCUGCCUGGCACAGCGCUGUAUCCGCACCACACCUCGACUCAUCUGGACAGCGAAGGCAGUACUGAGAGUGAUGGAGACGAGAGGAACGAACCCCAUGCCACCCACCCUUGUCAGGACACCGCACCCACUCAGCAGCAGCUUUAUCCAGGCAUGGUGUACACCGAGGCCCCAGAGAACUGAG